UGUAAUCCAUCUUAAUUAAGGGAAUAAGAACGCGUCAAAAGAUACACAGGAAAACUAAUUGGAGUGAGCAUUUUGAAAACAAGGUUGUUUCCAUUUCUUAACGCAGAAAACUGACACGGAAGAACGAGACUACGCGACCAACGUCUCUUCACUACCUGGUAAAUUCAUGAACCCGGAGCGACCACACAACUUGCUACUUUGAGUUAGCCGUGGUUAGCAUGUUAGCUAGCUGGCGGCGUUAGCGCAGUCCAGCAUGCUAUGGAUCCGUACAGUAUAGCUGAGGAUGAAGUGGCUUUGGAGGGAUUGGAUGGAAUAACUAUUCCCACCCUGUGGAUACGACUAGAAAACAGACAGCCCAAGUUUCCCCUCAAGCUCGACGACUGCACCAAGGAGCUCAUCUGGAAGUCACUUGUCAGCAACACCGACCUGAAAUUCUAUCAGCUCCCACAGGAGAGAGAGGAUGUUGUGCUGUUUGACAGGUUUGAAGACAUUGACCCAGAGACAGGCAUUGAAAUAACACAGAGUUUUUCUGACACACCGAAAGACGUCUACCCGGUCCAUAUUAUAGAAAGCAAAGAUGGAGUACAAGGCUCAUGUGCCUUCUUCAAAGAGAGGACGGACGUCACCAAACAUGUCCGCUCCAAGUCUCUCACACCAUCAGUCAGCCUGCAGGAGGCUUUGGAAAGAUAUGGCCGGAAGCUUGUUAUCGUGGCGUGUCAAAAGCUGCGAUUCAGGACUUUGAUUGGAAGUGAAAGUGAUCCCGAUUUGAAACUCAGCGAUGACUCUUACUGCGUGUUGGAACGAGUGGGCCGAGGUCGAUGGCAAGGAGAGCUGCAAAAAGAUCUGCACGGACACUCUUUCAAAAUUGAUGCUCGAAAGUUGCACUACAUGAGGAAGUCCCUGGUCAAGCAUGGACUCGUCACCAUGCAGUCUCAUUGCACACGGCUGAAAUCAGGGCAACAGCAGCACUCCAUUCUUCUGCUGCUCAAACGCUUCCAUGUCAACAGGAGGUCAAAGUAUGACAUACUGAUGGAGUACGUGUCCAACAUUCUCCAACAGUUGCCUGGCCAGUUUGCCACUUUGAUGACAAUCAAAGAACAAGUUAAUGUGAAUGACCGUACUUUAAAGCGAGUUCUUCAGUACAUGCGAUCUGCCAAGUUGAUUGAGCAUUGCCAAUACCCCCUGGAGGACUUGGAUCCCAGCGCCGGGCCCUGCACUAACAAAAAAGGGAAUAAAGUGCUUGUGCGCUGUUUGAAGCUCUUAAAGCCAUAUGCAAGGAAGGGCGUCACCGACGACGACGACGAUGAGGACGAAGACGAAGAAGAUGAUGCUGAACCAAGAAGAGGUCUGCCUUCAGAGGGGCGAAUCAUGGAGCACGAUGUCCUGUCCCAGGCCUAUCGCCUCGUAUUAUCCUGUGGUACUAAGGGAAUCCCCCAGAGGUCUGUCGGGUUCAGGAUGAACGUCGGUAAGCUGGAAUCUCGUAUGAUCUGCCGAAGGCUGGAGAAGGAUGGUGUGAUUAAGGGAUUCAUGGAGGAUGAGGGUCGGCAGAGGACUACGAAGUACAUCAGUCAUAAGUGUGUGGGUGUUAGCAAUCAACUCCAGCUGUUUGCUAAGGAGCAGGAGCGGAACAAGCUUCUCUUCUCCUGUGCGCCACCGACUUCGAAUGCUGCACCCACCACUCUGAAAACACCAUCACCCUCGAAGUCGACAGCAGAAGAAAACACAGAAGCUUCUGCUGCGAAGAAGAUCCAGAAUGCAGGGGGAGGAGGAGGAGGAGGUGGAGGAGCAGGGAACAAAGAUGCAGAGGAGGCUGGACAGAUGUGCCGUGAUACAUCAGAAGAAGGCUUGGAUGGAAAGGGAGCUAAAGCGAGAAGAAAGUCAGGAGCAAAAACAAACUUGACAAGGAAGAAAAGAGCGAAACAGACACAACCUGAGAUCCCCAUCAUACAACCCACACCAGUUGAAGGUGAAACCCAAGCCUGCAGCAAAUCCACGGCCUCACCGCCUGAUCCAGUGUCCACUCCCAGUGCAGAUCAAGCUCCAGCUGAGGAGGAGGAGAAAGAAUCCACCUCGGGUCUUGCCAGCCCUUUGCCUCAGAGUGAGGCAUCGAAUGCAACAGUUAAUCCACCCAGUAACAACGUCGUGGAAGUUAAAGAUGUUUACCAGCCGAGGGUCCCCAAACGUGCAAAGUCCAGGAAGUCUUUGGAGAAGUCUCGUGUGACCUACCGCCUUUUGAGGAGGAAGAACCUGAUCGUUGAGGCGGUCCACAACUUCAAAAUCAUUGAAGGCCUUUUCCCGCUACAGAAGAUGAUCAAUGACGAAGAGAAACAGGAUGGAUUCAACACAAAGUGCUGCAAGAAGACUAUUUCACGUCUUGUCCACGGUCUGUCUAGAGAAGGCCUGCUGAAGUUUUACACUACGACUGUCAUGCAGGACGGGAUCACCAAGAAGGUUGACUUUGUCGUUCAUCCGUCCGUCCAGCCCAACGACGACAUCGUGAAUCGCGCCAUCGAGCAGGUCCGCUUCAAAAUCUCCAGCUCUUACUCAGUUAUACGUCUGCAGCAAGAUGAAGACAAAGACGGAGAGCAAGAAAAAAAGUCUGAGAAGACGACCACCAGCUCAUCCAAAGCCCAAAAGAGCAAAGCUGACAGAAAGAAAGUAAACGUGGAGGCGUUCAAGCCCAAAACAGUUCGGGGACUGGGGAAGGCGCUUGGCUUUCAGCCUAAGAUGCCUCGUCUGCGUGUUACUCAUACCUUCCUCUGGUACAUGAUGUAUGGACACCCGAACAGAUACUACUCUGCUGGCUCCCACUUGUCCGAUCAGACGCCAGAGAACCCGCACAGCUCUGAUCCUGAUGACGGCUCUGUGGACCCACAAUCUGCAGAUUUGAAUUCAUCUAACAUGGAUGUGACGACAUCUGGUGACGAAGAGGAGGAGCUGAAGGAUGAAUCUGAACCCGGUCAUUCUAAGUCCAACACCAAAGUGUAUGUCGAUGAGUUUUCGUGGAAGAGAUUCAUACCUCCUGUCCGUGUACACAAGGAGUUUGGCAGCGGCUGGGCGAUGGUUAGCGACCUGCUCCUCUGCCUGCCUCUGUCUGUCUUCAUUCAGAUCACACAGAUCAAUUAUAAGGUGGACGGUUUGGAGGAAUAUCUAAAUGACCCUGUGAAGCAACACCACCUUGUCAGAACGCUGCCGGCCAGAAUGAGAAGACAGCUGCUUUACAGACGGAAAUACAUCUUCACAUUUCAUGAGAACCUGCAGAAGUUGGUCUUCAUGGGUCUGCUGCAUUUCGGUCCUGUGGAGAAGUUCAAGGAGAAAGACCAGGUGUUAUUGUACCUGAAGCGCAAUGCCAGCAUUGUUGACACCACCAGUGCUGAGCCUCACUACUGGCUUGUCAGAGCGUCAGCUGACAAACCGUUUGAGAGGCGCCAGUAUGCAUUCAACACUGCUGAAGACGUAGAAAAUUACUGGUUCGACCUGAUGUGUGUCUGCCUCAAUACACCACUCGGGGUCAUCCGUAGUAAGAGAAACAUCACAUCCGAAGGAGAUGAUCCCUCCUUUGUCCACGAACGCAACGUGUUCGUGGGACUGUCAUACAUGCUGAAAGGCAGCCGUGAAGUGUGUGACGACGGCUCAAUACCAGGAGACGGUAAAGGAGCAGGAGGUCUGGACUCUGAAUUCUUUGCUCAUCUUAAACGCAACUGGUUUUGGACCAAUCACCUUCUCACGUGCAGAAAGCCUUCAAGUGGCUUAGAGGCAAAGGAGACUAAAGUGAGACUGAAGAGUCUGCUGAGUAAAGAUGCUCUCAGGAUUGCACUUAAAGCUGGAGGAACUACAACACCUCGUUAUGUGACUGCCAAGCGACCACUGACGGUAGAAAAUGUCGAGGUGGUUAUAGAGCCUGCGUCCAGAAACCAGCAGGUGGUCGGAGGGAAGGGACAGAAGAGGAAGCGGAGCAAAAAGGAGGUCGUCAAGGUCUCUCGCAAGAAGAAGAAAGAGCCCAAGAAACGCACAGCUGCCCACGACGAGGCGGACCACAAGGCUUUGAAGAUGAUGACCAGACAGAGAGUCUACUGGUCUGUGCAGGAGGACUCACUGAUGAUGCUCUGCAGCGUGGCCUUACACCUGCUCAACAGCAAGUUAAAAAGGCCCUUCAUACCUUACUGUGUGGUGAGAGACCUGCUCCAUUCAGAGUUUGAGAUAUCGAUGGACAAAACGUCUGUUGCCGUCGGACGCCGCACGCGAUACAUCCUCAAAAAUCCUCAGACGCUUCUCAACUACAGGAUCUGCCUGGCUGAGGUGUUCCAGGACAAAUCUCUGAUGGAUCUGUUGGAGGAGAAGAAACCCGCCCAUCCAGACAACCCAGAGGAUUGUGCUCAAGUGUUCUCCGAAUACGUGAGGCUGCUCAGACAGAAGUUUAGCUCUACCGUGAGCCCUUGUGACGCCGUCAUACCUGACACAAAACAUCAGCUCUUCUCACGGUUUAGGGUUUUGGAAAUACACAGUGGAAAGCAGCUGUCAUGCAGGGACACCCUCGACUGCACAGAAGACAUCCAUGCCAUAGUGCUACAUAACCUGAUCCAGAGCACUCUGGCCAUGACCAAUAGCCAGAUGAAGUCCUCCAGGUCCUUUCAGACCUUCCAGUUGUACAGCAAGUAUAACCAGGAGCUGCUGUGCAGAGUGUUCAUACACUGCAGGAAGCAGGGCCUGGUCAACCGACGUCGUGUCAAUCAGCCAUUUGGGCCGAAGAAGAACCGAGGGCUGCCUAUUCUGCCCAUGUCCUACCAGCUGUCCCAGUCCUACUACAGGUGUUUUUCAUCACGUUUUCCUCACUCGCUGUGCACCGAUUCCUUCCGCUUCAUGAGGAGUCUUAUUAACAACAGGAAGGCAGAUGACCGACCCAUCACCAUGUUCUACCAUGAAACCGAGAACAGGUCAGAGAACAGGGAGGAAGCGAUGGAGAGAAGAACGGGGUCAGAAAGAAAGAAAAAACAAAGCCAAGUGAAGGAAGAUGGCAGACCGGCGGCUGAACCAGAGGCACAACUAGAGAAGGCAGACGAUGAAUCCGCAAAGGAAGCAGAGAACCAACAAAGGACAGCGGAAGCAGACCGUAAAGCAGAAACGGAACAGAAAAGCCAAGAAGAUCGCGUCACAGCUGAAGACCCGUCCAACAGAGAGCAGACAGACGACAACCUGCUCACAGUUGCUCCCUCAAACGCAGCACGUCGAGCUUCAGACGAGCCUCCGGACGUGUCGGACAUGCUGCCGUUCACUCUGGAGUCUUCAGGUGGAGCCUGUGUGGUCUCUCUCAGCCUCAUGUGUCUGGGACUGCUGAGUGUGUACAUAUCCAUACCUAAACAGAUUGUGGUGGUGGACAGCAACCUGGUGGACAACGAUGUAGUCAAGAGUAUGGCAGCGCUGGAAGAAGAGGACGAUGAUGACGAUGAUGGAGAGGAGUGUGACGGGAGAAAAAGACUGGAAGUGAAGGCACAUCAAGCGUCACACACCAACUACCUGAUGAUGCGGGGGUACUGCUCUCCUGGCAUCGUCAAACGGCGUGACCUCAACACGGCUGAUAACAUCGUGUUGGAGUCGUGUAUUACGAAGCUGCAACUGCGCAACUCACCUGCCCACCACAUGUUCAGCGCGGAGAACUCUCCACCACUGGACCUGACUAAAUGUGGUCCAUCCCUGCUGCCCCCCAGUCUCUCCUACACCAUCCAUUCCUUCUGCUCUUCUCCUUCCAACGUGAAGGAGUGUGAGGAGCGUUUGAUUCAGCAAAGGGGAUACACUCCUCAGGACGUAGAAGCUUGUGUUCACCUCAGGAGGAGCCUGGAUGCAGCUGGCGAAAAGGGCUUGGAUUUGCAUGAGCUCUACCGGACUCACACACACCUGGAGGGGCCAGAGUCCGGAUGCACCAGGAGUCUGCAGCAGUAUAUGCAGGACUUACAAGAAGAAGGCCAGGUGUUACAAGUUGGGAGUUUGGGCAUCCGCUGGGUGCUCAUGCAGCACGCUGAACCGUGGCUGCUGACCGUGAAGUCCAAGCCGUUGUGCCAGUCACGUCUCACAUCUGACGUGCUCCAGAAUGAGCCCAGCAGCUCCUUCGUGCGCAAGAGAUGCAGUCGAGAAGCCUCACAGGAAACAGAGGAACCGCCAGCAAAGAAGUCGACUGUGGACAGACGCGAGGACGGGGACAGAGAGGACAGAGAGUGCUUGUCGGAGGACAGAGAGAGAGAAGAGAAGCUGAAUGAACAGCUAGAAAGACAGAAAGAAAAGGCAGAAGAAGCAAGUGGAGACAUAUCAGUAGACCACCAUGAUGAGGGAGGAAGGCAGCCUGAAGAGGAGAGAGAGGCGGACUCAGGAAAAGAAAAGGUGGAAACUGAGGAAAGACAGGAAGAAAAGAAUGAGCUAAUAGCCAGAGAGGACAGUAUGGACAGUGAAGGAAAUGACAAAGCCUGCCAUCCACCUCCACCAGCUGAUGUUGAUGAUGAUGAAAACGUGAGCUUCGUCAGUCGUCCGUGGCGCAUGGUUGACGGCAGCAUGAACCGGCCUGUGUGUAAGGGCAUGCUGGAGGGAGUCCUUUACCACAUCAUGUCCCGACCUGGACUCACGCAGCAGACACUGGUGGACCAUUACAAGGACGUGUUGCAGCCGGUGGCCUUGCUGGAGCUGGUGCAGGCACUCAUCGACAUGGGCUGUCUGACAAAGAAAAUUCUGGUCAAAUCACCUAAACCCUCACUGUUCGCCCGCUCUGCGUCACAGACAGGAAGUGAGACAAACGCGAAGGUUGAGGAACCAGACACAGUGUUUUACGAGCCCACCGUCAGCUGCUGCCUGCGGCUCAGUCAGGUUUUACCCAACGAACGCCACUGGAACUACUGUAUACCAUAAGCAGGUUCAGGAAUUACAUUCAGCCUAACCUGGUUUGACCUGUUAGCAUAUUAGGUGUGUUAUAAGAUUUUUGAUGUUUAAGUAUUUAAAAAAAAAAAAAACCUAAAUAGUUUUUAAAUCUUUUGAUAAUUUUUGAGUUUGGUGUCAGAUCCUUUGACUACUUUGUUACUUCUGGUUUUACAGAACAAGAUUUCUUUGUACAUUUCUCUUUUUUUUUGUCUUCAGAUCAAAUUUAGUUUUAUUCUUUUCUUGUGUGCUAAGUAACUUAAAAUUGUAAAUAAAAAUGCAUUACAUUA